ACUAUACGUCAUAUUUUCGCAGUGACAGGUGAGAGACACUGCAACGAAUACGAUAGAAAAUUCUAAAAAUAAUUAAGGAAGAUACACUUUAGCUUAUAAUUGUGCGCAAAAUGACCGUGUUAAGGCUGUCCCGACUGGUUGCCCAGGGCAAGAGCCUUACCAGGCCGGGACAAGUAGUGCAACGAAGGACAGCGACGACUACUGAAACUGGAGCAAUUCUUCCCGAACCUGAGAAGCAGCCUUUUGGCCUCCUGGGAGUAGUGUGUGCUGUAGUACCGGGGUUGCUCAUCGGCGCUGCAAUUAGCAAAAAUAUCGCCAAUUUCCUCGAGGAGAACGAACUGUUCGUGCCUUCCGAUGACGACGACGAUGAUGACUAAGACCACCGCUUGUACCUGUUGUAGGAUAUUUUCAAAUAAUAAAUCUGUUAGUUUUGUUAUCACAGAUAAUGUUCUUCUAGACCUAACUCUAGAUGUAAAUGUAAGUUGGGUAUGUUAGUAAAACUCGUAAGUUAAUGUUUUCUAUUUAUUGUUAAAAAUAUUAUAGAAUUGUUACAAAAGCUACAUAUAAUGUAAUACAUUUUGUGCUCAAGCGCUCCAAUUCAAAUAUCGCACAAUUUGCCAAUUUAUUAAUUAAUUUUUAUUUUAUAUUAGUGGCAUUAUAAAAUCCUUUUUUUAUCUAUCACUUAUAUUUACAAGUUUUACACAGCAUCAAUCAUAAAUAUACAGCAUUUUAUAUACAGCUGAAUGUGUAGAAUUUUAAUAAAUAUAUAAAUGCAUUUAAUAAAAUGCACAAUAAAUACAUUGUCCUUAGAGUAACAACCAAAAUGCAAUCUCUGCUAUGCUAGUCAAAGGUUACUCAGUACUCUUCCCUUUAGCAAUAAAUAUAUAUUAAAAAUCUCAUCCUUCUCUUGUGCUUAAUAGUUUUAAAAGGAAAAGACAAAUAAAUGACUUGAAAAUGGCAUAA